CUGGGACAGCCAGGGUGAAUCCACCGGGCUCUGGAAGCGCUCUCAGCUUCCCAAGGCAGCUCUGGCGAUGCAGGCGGCGCUAGGACCCGCCCGGAGCCGUCGGGAGCGGAUAAACGCAGCGGGGCUGCGGCCGGGAGCCGCCGAUGCCGCAGCUGUGCCGGGUCACGGAAUCGCUGCUGCUGGGCACGGCGCGGGCGGCGUGCGACGAGGAGCUGCUGGCGCGGGAGGGGGUCACCUUCUGCGUGAAUGUCACCCGGCAGCAGCCGUUCCCCGCGCUGCCCGGCAUCCGCGUGGCCGUGCGGGAUGACCCGGCCGAGGAUCUGCUGCGGCACCUGGAGCCCAGCGCGGCCGCCAUCGAGCGGGCGCUGCGGGCGGGCGGCCGCUGCCUCGUGUACUGCAAGAACGGCCGCAGCCGCUCCGCCGCCGUCUGCACCGCCUUCCUCAUGAGACACCUGCGCCUCCCGCUCGGGGACGCCUUCCAGGUUGUGAAAGCUGCCAGACCCGUAGCAGAACCAAAUGCAGGAUUUUGGUCUCAGCUGCAGAGAUAUGAAGAAGAUUUGCAGAAACGAAAGCACUCUGCUCCGCUGAGCAAAGGACUUAAAAAUGAUGAUGUGUGAAGAUACUUUAAAGAAAGUGAAGUACUUUAAGGAAAAAAAGUGAAUACUUUAAAAAUAAGGAAAAAAAUCACUUCCUAAAUUAUCUGCACACAAAACACUUUACCCUAUAACUGAGUUGAUGGUUCAUUAAAUUAAUUCAGUUAAUUAAAUUAAUUUCUGUUGGUAAUGCAUGGAAACAGGGUAGAUAUGCAGGGAAUAACAGCAGAAACAGGAAAUGGUUGGAAGGACUGUAAACAAGCCAGAGAAAGGCAUGGAAUCUUCAGCAGUUAUUUUCCCCUAAUGAACUGAAUAUGGCAACGAUUUACUGAACAAAGGAAGAAGUUACCACACUGGGAUUUUAUUCCCGUUUCUUAAUUAAACUUCCCAGUGAUGCCAUUAGAAGACAUGAUGCCAGACAAGGAAGUUCUGAAUUUCUCUCUCACCUACUGGAUCAUAAUUCAUGUUAAUGAGCUGACACAGCCUUUGAUGGGAAACUGACAGUGCUUGAUGCUUUAUCUCUGCCAUUUUCCCUGUGUUCAACUAGACCAAAGUACCUUCACAAAUUACCUAAAAAUCCAGAGGACAGAAUAUAAAGAUGAUGGUAAGGAGUUCAGCUCCCACCAUGCAGGCUAAGUGCCUUUUCAGCUUUGGAAUUAUUCUCUAAAACACCAAAGGAAUGACUUCAAAAACUGCAGAUGAUAGUGGAGGGAAGAAGAUGACACUGGCAAUCCAGAAAUAAUCAGCACUCCUUUUAGCUUUACUUACUAAGUCCAACAGUGCCCAGUCCAUGCCUUAGUGUGUCAGUUUACAAGUCAGCUGUUCCUGCAUGCAAGCAGCAUGGCUAAAUAAUUUCUGCUGAGACUGCUUGCAGGUCGCCCUCUGAAAUUAUCUAUUGAGCACGAAACUUCCUGAUUAGACUGCUAUGUGCUUUCCAUUAGUCAUUCAAAACAGAGUUUUGUCAAACUCUAUGAAUACAUUUGUAAUUUAAAAGGGACAAGUUAUGGAACCUGAGAACCUGCAGGGUGAAAUUCCAUUCCACCUUGCUGAAAGCAUAAAUGUGAAGUUAGCUCACUGCCAUCUGCCUAAGUGCUCACACAAGGUAAACAUAUGCUCUCAGCAGUGGAGUAGUUCAAGGCAGAAAUUCUAAUGAUGGAACAAUGACAGAAAAUAAAAUCACUGGGGAAUUACAUGAAUUAGACAAUUAAGAUAAAGUAAAGGUUUCCAAAGUUAAAGACUGCUCAAAGUUAAAGUAGUGUUAUUUAAAAAGCUGAAACCAUAGAAAUAAAAACAAAAAAUCCAGCCUA